AAAAUAACCAAAGCAACAGGUUUGUGGAAUCCUAGUUGCUCCCUGAGUUGUGUUGUUUCCCUGCAGAUGUUUCUUUGGUCUCAGUUAGGUGUUAGUGAGCCACUGUACAUAAACAGAGAGCAAACACCACUCCCUUCUACCACUGAAGAUGACAGAAGAGGCUGUCCUGUGGGGUUUCCAAUGUGGGGCAGAGGGGGCUUUGAUCGAAUGCCUCAAGGCUGUGGUCGCCCCAUGCCUCCACGAAGAGAUUAUGAUGUUAUGAGCCCUCACAGAGGACCGCCUCCACCUCCUCCAGGUCGUGGUGGUAGAGGUGGCAGCAGAGCUCGCAAUCUUCCUCUUCCUCCCCCUCCUCCUCCUAGAGGCGGGAACCUUAUGUCUUAUGAUCGAAGAGGCAGACCUGGUGAUCGUUACGAUGGAAUGAUGAAGCAGUGUCAUGUCAGUGCUUGUGAUGACAUAGAAACACCAGAAAUGUUCGAGGGUGGAUCAGGUUAUGACUAUUCUUACGCAAGGGGUCGUGGUUCUUACGGAGAUCUUGGUGGACCCAUCAUUACGACACAAGUAACAAUACCCAAAGACCUGGCUGGUUCUAUUAUUGGAAAAGGCGGUCAGAGGAUUAAACAGAUACACCACGAGUCAGGAGCUUCAAUCAAAAUUGAUGAACCCUUAGAGGGCUCAGAAGAUCAAAUAAUAACUAUUACAGGCACACAGGAUCAGAUUCAAAAUGCACAGUAUUUACUGCAAAACAGUGUGAAGCAGUAUGCAGAUGUUGAAGGAUUCUAAUGCAAGAUAUUUUUUCUUUUUUAUAGUGUGAAGUAGUAUUCUGGAAAGUUUUUCUAAGACUAGUGAAGAACUGAAGAAGUCCUGCACCUUUUUUUUUUUUUUCUUAAAUCUGCUUCUGUUUAAAAAGCCAACAUUCCUCUGCUUCAUAGGUGUUCUGUAUUUGAGGUGUAGUGAAAUUUUUGCUGUCACCAGAUGUAAUGUUACC